UUGUUAACAGUUUCCAAAUAAAUCAAACUGCAUAUAUUAUAAUAACAUUGGAAUCACUGGGAGAUAUGUGGUUUACUACAAGAGUGAAUGUAAAUGAGCGGCGGCUAGUUGAUUUAUUUCAAACAAAUACAACCGAGGCCCGGGAGCAGCUUUUUUGGUAUCGUACAAAUAGUCUUAAGGACAUUCUGAAUUUUUAUAGAGUUUUCAAUGAAAAACCUCUUCCUUAUCAAAAGUGUUUUUAUCAUGUUUCCCGAGUACAUUUUUUCGAAAGUGGCUACCAUAAUGUAACCGUGACAAUUUCAACGAAUGGUCUUUCAGCAUACGACAUAAAAUUUUUAAAUUACAUUUACAUCGACCUUGAAGAAAAUGUACGCUGUGAACCUCUAUUUGAUAUUCCACGAUGUCAUGACUCAAAUCGGCCUUUACAUUAUGAGACUUCCGAAGUAAUUGUUCUACGAGCAGUGUUUUCACGACGGUGUCCUAUGGAUAACUUUAUUCGAUAUUAUUGGACAUUGCACGAUAGUACAGAGAGCCAUUUAUUAGAGUUUUUGGGGGGAACUUUAAGACCAGAGCUGAAACUCAGUCGUUAUCGUCUUCAGAUCCGGGUACAGUGCCCCUUGAAUCGAAUGGUAAUGAUACGCAUUAAUGCCAGAGUUGUUGGAAGGCGAACUCCACUUGUGGCAAGGUGCUACCUUGUUCUUGCUUCUCAACGUGUUUAUGCUGCCAUACGUGGGGGUCAGAAUCGGAAAGUCUUUAGAGGCAAGACAAUUUUUUUCAAUGCGAGCCCCAGCCGCGACCUUUCCCUUCCAGAGACUGCUUUGCAACAGCUUCUUUAUCACUGGACUUGUCAGGCUAUUAUAUUUCAAGUAUAUUAAACCUGCAAGUCUAACAUGGGAUCAAGUAAAUCACCCGUAAAUCUUUUUUUUGCCCAGUACCCAAAGGGUAAAGUUUUGUGAUUAUAAAAGACAUCGAAAAAUUUAUAACUCGAUUUUCGCGGAAACGAUUUUCAACUACUUAAACUAAUUAAAUCGA